GGUUGGUGAGUUGAGCACCGUCUUAACGUAAUGAGAGAUUAGUUUGUGCAAUCACAAUACGUAAGUCCGGACAAUUUAGUCUUCUCUCGAAAUACAUUCCCUUAGCUAUAGCAUGUUUUAGUCGUUCCCUUAUAUGCGGUUAGGUUUCCCAUCCCCAUCAUCCUGACGCAAAGCAGCAGACAUGGUAGAGCCAAUGCACAAGUUUGCAUCCCUAGAAGAGGAGCUGGGCUUCUGGAAGGAGCAGGCAGAUGCACAUCAGCAAAGGGCUGAUGAGGCUCAGGAGGAGCUGCAGGAGUUUCAGCAGAUGAGUCGAGACUAUGAAGCAGAGCUGGAAACCGAGCUGAAGCAGUGUGAGGGUCGAAACAAAGAGCUGCUUUUAGACAACAACCGACUCCGCAUGGAACUGGAAAAUAUAAAGGAGAAAUUUGAGACGCAGCAUUCUGAUGCUUUUAGGCACAUCUCGACCCUGGAGGAAGAUCUGGCACAAACCACAGCAGUGAAAGAUCACCUGCAGAAAUACAUCAGAGAGCUAGAGCAGUCCAAUGACGACCUGGAGAGGACCAAAAGGGCUACCAUCAUGUCUCUGGAGGACUUUGAGCAGCGGAUGAAUCACGUCAUUGAGAGGAAUGCCUUUCUUGAAAGUGAGUUGGAUGAGAAGGAGAAUCUACUGGAGUCUGUUCAGAGGCUGAAGGAUGAAUCCAGAGACCUUCGCCAGGAGCUGGCUGUACGUCAUAAGGAAAGACGGCCAUCCAGCAGCCUGGGCAAAGACCCAGAUCUGUUGUGCCCCUCAGCCGGUAACCCAUCCAUCCCUGUCACACCCUCCAAACCCCUCAGCUCAUUUGCCACGCCCCCUGCUUCCAGUAUACGACGAGGUGAUGGUCUAACGGGGACUCCCCUCACUACGUCUGCUAGAAUAUCUGCACUCAACAUUGUCGGGGAGCUGCUGAGAAAAGUUGGAAAUCUGGAGUCAAAGUUGGCAUCCUGUCGAGACUUUGUGUACGACACGUCAGUCUGCAGACCUGCACUUCCGGCUGGCCCUGUUAGUCCUUCUGGUUUAGAAAGAGGGCCCGAGGUCCAAGCGAGCAGCAUGAGCCCCCCUCCUCAGUACGACAGUUUAGUGAAGCGGUUAGAAUUUGGACCAGCUCCUCCGAGAGGCGUCUCCCAGGGCGCCCAGUCUCCGCAGGCAGGGGUCAAGAUUCUGCUAUGAGAGCAAAAAGAGGGCGAACCACCUCCCUCCUUCAACAACCUGACACCAUCCCCCCCUCGUCCCUUCUCCAUCCUUAAUAAACUACAGCAAUGGGACUUUGAACUGAACUGUCUUCCCUUGACGCCACAUGCCCUGCUGAACGGUUUUGAACAAGAAAGACAUUCUCCUCGAUCCGUGCCCCACAUAAUCCGUGCAUGGACUUCAGCUGCCUCAGGCUACUAUCACAACAUAUCUAUCAAAGGAAGCAGCACUACAGCUUGUGUAACAUCAAGGAACGGAGAACCUAACCUGCUCACACUAUCUCUUCUGCUGUAUCUUUGACACUGGUGGGUAGCAUCUAAAACAAAUCCUUCUGUGUCUACUGAUGUGCUUUCUGUGGUGGAUCAACAGGGCUGUCCAAACAUUACUCCUCCCAGAGAAAAACCUUUUUGGGUGGUUGUUGCACUUGUCCAUUGAUCAUGAAUAAGAGCCAGUGGUAGUAAUAACAGCCGCUGGAUGUGAGCCUGAUGACGGGACCAAGAACCUGGAGUGUCAUUUCUAAAAAAAGGUUUGAUCAUACAAAUAAUGUUUAUGACCAAAUCCAAACCAAAGCUGAUCAAAGAUUAAAGUAAUGGGUUAGGGUUUUUCCCUCUUUGAAUCUGAUAUAAAAACACAGUAAAACCUGGUUAGUAAUUUCAAUAACAAGUCUGUUUUUGUUCUUUAUUCUUUGGCCUCGAACUAUGUAGCAUUGAACAACACCGGCAUUAUUUUAAGUUGGUUAAAAUAAUUUUCCCAAGCCGAGCCAUUCAAUAUUUGCUUUCUAGAAGAGACUCAAUAUUUUCCACUGUUACAAAAAGUUUUAAAUUACUGACAGGAACUGGUGUUCGCAUCUUAGCCAUCGCUGCCUUCAUCAAUGUUAUUACCUCUUUAGUUUGUACAGUUUAAAUAAAUGAAGCGGAUUAUCUAUUCCUCACGCUGCCAGGCGUCCAGGAAUGAGAUGAUGUCACUUCAGGCUGGUUUUAAUUUCGCAUGCUAUUCAGUUGGACCCAGGUUCUUUCUAUCACCUCCUUUCUGCCAUUGCACAGACUUGUUUUUGCCGACUCAUUAUUAUCUGAUAUGCAAUGCUUAUGAAUAGGAAGAAUAGGAAUAGGUUUUCUGCCUCACAGAUAAGAUGUUUAUGUUCAUGUUGCAGAUUUAUGAUCUAGUUGUUACCAAUGACUUUUAUACAGAUUUAAGUUUACUGUAGAAGUUAGAUGGGCACAUGUUUACUACUGAAUGUAUAGUAAUAAUUCCCUAUUAGGUGUGAGACCUCCUGUCUGCCAUCAGGAGAUAUAUAUGGUGGGCGACUGAGAAGAAGUACCAAGCAAUAAUAGAUUUUAACAGGUCAAAGAUGAGCACAGUUCAUAGUAUAUUUGUGUAGGUAUAUAGAGCCUAUAUUGAAUACCCUUUCUUGCCUUUUAGUAAGAGAUAUUGUGAUUGGGGGAAAUAGAGUGAUUUAAUGUGACAGUUUUGCUUUUCCCUGAAAUGUUUCCGGUUCAUUGUCACUACUGCCAUCCAGCAGCUCAUUAAGCAAACAUUACAGCUCAUAUCUAAAUAUCACAUUUAUACGGCGGCUGUCACUGUAUACUGCGGUGUAGCCCAUGUGUGAAGUUACCUUGUGCUUAAUGCAUACGAGAGCUGCCCCUCUUCCUUGAACUAACACGAGCUAACUGUAAUCCACGACCACGGUGUACUGUUUGUUUGUAUGCAGCACCUCUGCAGCUGUUUCUGUAUUUGGACUUUAAACUGUAUGUGCCUGAGGUACUAUACCCAACUUUGAUCCUGUUGGUUUGCAGUUGUUUUUUCUAUUGAACGGAGCAGAUGAGAGUAAUGUUCUGAUGACCUUUGAAGUUACUGACCCAAGACUGAAACAUUAAAAAAAGAGAAAAUCAA